GGGACCGGGAAGUCACCAUGUCGAGUCUGCACAAGAGCAGGAUUGCAGAAUUUCAGGAUGUCCUUGGGGAACCCAAGAUUGUUCUGCAGAAGCUCCGUGAACUCUGCUUUAGUGGGAUUCCUUUUGAUGGUGGGCUGCGCUGCCUCUGCUGGAAGAUCCUCUUGAACUACCUCCCUGUGGAGAAGGCCUUAUGGAGCACCUUGCUGAAGAAGCAGAGGGAGCUGUAUUCCCAAUUUCUGAAGGAAAUGAUUAUUCAGCCUGGGAUAGCCAAAGCCAACCUUGGUGUCUCCAGGGAGGAUGUGACCUUAGAGGACCAUCCACUCAAUCCGAACCCAGACAGCCGAUGGAACACUUACUUCAAGGACAACGAAGUGCUGCUGCAGAUAGACAAGGAUGUCAGGAGGCUGUACCCUGAUAUGGCAUUCUUCCAGCGCCCAACUGACUACCCUUGCUUGCUAAUCCUGGACCCCCAGAAUGAGUUUGAGACUCUCCGCAAGCGGGUGGAACAGACGACACUCAAGUCACAGACAGUGGCACGAAAUCGGAGUGGAGUCACAAAUGUGAGUUCCCCUCUUAAAACAUCUGCUCCGAAUUCAUUGAGUGAGUAUGAAGUUCUGCCUAAUGGCUGCGAAGCUCACUGGGAAGUGGUAGAACGAAUCCUUUUCAUCUACGCCAAGCUGAAUCCUGGGAUCGCAUAUGUCCAGGGGAUGAAUGAAAUAGUGGGGCCUCUUUACUAUACCUUUGCUACAGAUCCCAACAGUGACUGGAAAGAACAUGCAGAAGCAGAUACAUUUUUCUGCUUCACCAACCUAAUGGCUGAGAUCCGGGACAACUUCAUUAAGAGCCUGGAUGAUUCUCAGUGUGGCAUCACCUACAAGAUGGAGAAGGUUUACUCCACCCUGGAGGAGAAGGAUGUGGAGCUGUACUUGAAACUGCAAGAGCAGAACAUCAAGCCCCAAUUCUUCGCCUUCCGUUGGCUGACGCUGCUGCUGUCCCAAGAGUUCCUGUUGCCAGACGUCAUCCGUAUCUGGGAUUCUCUCUUUGCCGAUGACAACCGCUUUGAUUUUCUAUUGCUUGUCUGUUGCGCCAUGUUGACACUAAUCCGAGAUCAAUUACUGGAAGGGGACUUCACUCUGAACAUGAGGCUGCUACAGGAUUAUCCCAUCUCUGAUGUACGCCUGAUUCUGAAGAAAGCGAAGGAGCUUCAAGACUCCAAAUAG